GAAUAUCUGGGAUCACUCUUGGAUGAUGUGUGUUACGGCGAUCAGCUGUUUUGCCGGCUGAUGCGCGAGCCCGCGCGUGCAGCGGCCCUGUGACGCGUUCGGCAACAGGCUGAACCCUGUUUAGAUUAGCGCAGGUUUCUUUAAGAGAGCACUUGGUAGCGCACAUCCACUCCCGUAUUUAACCAGGUUACUAGAGAGGGGUUUUAUACAAUUCGGCGUUAGUUCGGCCAGUCAAGUCACAUGAUCAAAGCCAAUUUACUUUCAUGGAAAGGUACAGCGGUGAGCGCUCCCGUCUAAUCGGCUGGUGCGCGAGCGCGCUAAUUACGCAGCUGUGUCAAAUUAAGCAGAGUAAAGAGACGCCACUAUAUAGCAGAACAAAGGUUUUAGUUCCUCCACAGAGCUGUGAGAAUACUACCAACAAGAGCUGAACAGACAGCCGGUUUUUCACCUACUGAAAAAUAAAAGGAAAAAAGGAAACAGUCUGGGCUUAUUGAGUGAAGUCCUGCCUAAUUGUUCAGCGUUGGUACACCCCUCCAAGUGUGGGGAGCACGGCGAAAAGCAAAAACACUUGACAGUGAAAAACCGCUGCAGCCCGUUGCUGCGUCCAGGCCCCGCCCGCUGCUGCGUCCAAGUCCAGUGUCCCAAAGUUCUCAGUAAAGCCCAAAAUGGCCGAGUCAAAAUCCCUGCAGCAGCUGAAGAGGGAGAGAACGACUGCCAAACAGCGGUUUACCCGACAAGCAAACGUAUUGUUAAAGUCUUGCAAGAAAAUGUCGGCAGAAGAACUGGUGGAUGCCUUCGGCAAGGUCACACUUGAGGUCGAAAAGGUACUGGAGGCAAAUGAGGAGGUGGAGACCUUGACUGAGGAGGUGGAGCUCGAACCUGCUGCUAAAGAGUACAUCAAUGCAGAUGUGAGAAAAACAGCAGAGGACUGUGAACAGAGGCUUGAAGAAGUGGAGGGCACCGUCCAGAGGGUCCUAUGGCAAAACUUUGGCUGCUCCGAACUCUCCCUUGCAGUGGAAGCAGCUGAAAAAGAGUGCAAGCGGGUGGUGGCCAACAAACCUAGCCUGAAGCUGGAGGUAUACGAUCUCAUGCUCAGCAACCUUGAGGGGCUGGUGAAGAUGGCAAAACAGACCAUGCGCCAAUGGACGCGGUGGGUCCCAGAAGGAGAGCAGCCUGACUUCCGGCAGCGUGUCAGGAAUGUGGAGACUUCGCUGCAAGAGUUAAUUUCUGACAAGGCUACCUUGCUGCAGGUGAAGCUGGAAAGCAAGCGGCCCUCUGAGGAGACACCACACCAGUCACCUACCAUCAAGCUGAAACCAACGGCACUCCCACAGUUCGACGGCAACAAGCGGAACUUCUACCUCUGGAGGAAAGAGUGGGAGGCACUACAAAGGCAAGGUGAGCCAACUGGCUCCAAGGAGGUCAGGAAAAUCCAGCUGUUGGACAGCCUGGAGGACAAAGUAGUGAGGGACCUUCGCCUGUCAACAUAUGGGACGGCGGAUGAAAUAUUUCGUGUGCUGGGGAAUCGGUUUGGAAAUAAAACAGCAAUAGCCCUGGAAAUCAUUGAAGAGCUGCAGGCGCUGUCACCAGUAAAAAGUUACCAACCCAGGAAGAUUGUCGAUUUAAUACAGGUCGUGGAAAAGGCCCUGUAUGACCUCAGUGAACUAGGAAACACUGGGGCCCUGAAAAAUCCACUCGUUACCAAGUCCCUGGAGAGUAAGCUGCCAGACGGCUUAAAGAAGGAGUGGCUGGUCCAUGUGUCGGAAGGAGAGGAAGCCUCAUCACCUGAGGAGAGGUUUGACAUGCUCCUUAAGUUUCUGAGAAGUCAGGAAAAGAUUUAUGAGCAGCUGGACCAGCUCAGGGAUGAUGACCCUAGCAGGAGGGAGUCAAGAGUCCCACAAAAACAUGCCCGAACAAAAACCACCAACUCCUCAAGCUCCCAAGCAUCCUGUGUUGUCUGUGGAGAGAGGGGCCAUAGAAAGAGACUCUAUUACUGCAAGAAGUUCAAAGCUCUCAAAAUAGCAGAGAAAAAGGAAGCAGUUAAAAAAAUUGGCGCUUGUGGGAGGUGCCUGGAGGUCCACGAUGAUGACGCAGAGUGCAAGACCACCUUUCUGUGCAAAAGCGAGGGGUGUAAUGAUGCUCAAGGCCUGGGUCAUCACUACUACCUCUGUCCCAAGGCUACAAGUAAGGGAGAUGGGCCAAGGAAGCCAAAGCUCAGUCCAGCAAAAGGGGGAUGGAAAAAGUACACAGAGGCCCAGGAAGAGUUCCUGACAAGCCUGCCCCCUGACUCAGCCCAGCGGUGUCGUGAUGUCUUCUGCAACUCAGUCUCAAAGACAUUCAGUUCAGCCGUAUCUGAGAGGAGUUUGCUGGCAGAGAGUGGAUUCGAAGAGUUCCCUGUCAUAAUGAUGAUCCUGGAAGUUACUGCAAAUGCUGGACAGAGGAUUGGGACCCUGAUUGACUUGGCGUCUGACACGAACUACAUCACUCAUGCGGCUGCAGGGGAGCUAAACCUGAGGAGUGAGGAUGUGACGCUCAUAGUCCAUGGAGUCGGCGGGAUGCAAGUGACAGUGGAUACCAAGCGUUACUUCCUGAAGAUCCGGGUCACAACUGCAAAGGGAACCCUGAGGUCUCACCAGCUUGUGUGUUACGGACUGGACAGCAUUGCAGAGGUCAAUCGCCACAUACCACCCAAGACACUGCAAAAAAUAUUCCCGGAUGUCCCUCUUCAUGAACUGGUCCGUCCUACUAAAAUCAAGCUCCUCAUCAGCCAUAAGGAAGGCCGACUCGUCCCCCAAAAAGUGCGCUCUGUUGGUGACCUUGUCCUGUGGGAUGGUCCCCUUGGGAAAGCAGUGGGUGGCUCUCAUCCAGAUCUCAUGGAAGAUGUUAAAGUCAUAGCCCAUGGAUCUAGAACCCACUUUGCCCGCUCCAUGCGCACAGCAGCUGUUGCAUACCAGGAGGUCACUAGCAGGAGCCCAGUUCAUCACCUUCAACUCACCCAAGCAGUCACGUCUGCUGCCAACCGAGACUUCAUAGACUGGUGGAGGUGGGACAGUAUUGGGGCUGCGUGUGAGCCCAGGUGUGGCGGCUGCAGAUGUGGAAAUUGCCAACCUGGAGGGAAGGAGAUGACAAUCUCUGAGGAGAGAGAGCUGGAGCAAAUAAAGAGUGGACUGACCUACAUCAGUGGAGAUCGCCACAGCGAGAAACCACACUGGCAUGCAAAGUACCCUUGGGUGCAGGAUCCAGCAACAUUGCCAAACAACAGGAGAGCAGUCGAAGCAGCAUUCCUGAGGACUGAAAGGCAGUUGGCAAAGGAGCCAAGAUGGAAGGCGGCCUACAGAGCUCAAGUCCAUGAGAUGGUCGAGCGGAACGCUGCUGUCAAGCUGUCCAAAGAAGAGUUGGCAAGCUGGUCUGGACCUGUAUGGUACAUCAGCCACUUGAUUGCCCCAAACCCCCGCUCUGUGACUACGCCAGUCCGCCUCGUCUGGAACAGUAGCCAGAAAUUCAGAGGCCAGAGCCUGAACGACCUGCUCAUGAAGGGUCCAGACGUCCUCAAUGACAUCCGUGCUGUCCUCACCCGGUUUCGUCAAGGUGUCUUCGCAGCACUUGGGGACAUCAGUAAAAUGUAUAAUUCUGUAUGGCUUGAGGACCGGGAAGUACACCUGCAUCGCUUCCUGUGGAGAGACUCUGAGGAAGAGGACGUCCAGGAAUACGCCAUCACUAGAGUUAACAUAGGCGAUAAGCCAGCCGGCUGUAUCGCUCAAGUUGCCAUGCGGGAGACAGCCAACCUGCCAAUGUUUCGCCAUCUUGAAGGAGAGCGUCGAGUGUUGGAGCAAGACGCUUAUGUGGACGACAUCUUGACCUCGCAUGAUGACCUGUGCCAGCUCAAGCAAAUAACGACCAAUGUUGAGCGCAUCCUGAAAGCCGGAGGAUUCUACAUGAAGCCAUGGGUUUACUCCGGCCAAAGUGGGAGGUCAGAGUCAAGGCACUUAAAGAAGGAAGCACCCCCAGUGAUGGUCCUCCCAAACCAACUCUCUGAGGAGAACAAUAAAGCCCUGGGCCUUGGGUAUGAUCCUGAGAGCGACAAGCUUCACUUGAUGGUAGCUGUGAACUUCUCCAAAAAGAAAAGGAAAAUGAGACUCGAAGAAAACCUGUCAAGAGAGGAAGUCAGGGCUCGCGCGCCAGAUCCACUCACCCGAAGAGAGCUCCUCAGCCAAGUCUCUGGGCUAUACGACCCCCUAGGCCUUGCAACUCCUGUCAAACAAAAGGGAGCCAUCUUGGUGAGGAGAGCUUUCCAGGAGGCAAAGGUCAACUACAGUCCAGCAGUAGACACGUGGGAUGCGCCUUUGUCUGAGGGCCUCCGUGAAGAUGCCAUCUGCCUCUUGGAAGACUACGCUGAGCUCAGCCAGGUGAGGUUCAUCAGAGCCUUGACGCCACCUGACCCAUGUACCAAGCCCUGUGGUAUCACCUUCUCUGAUGGUAGCGAACGCUCUUAUGGUGCCGUAUUGUACCUUCGGUGGCAGGUACCAGAAGACGUGACCAUACGACUAGUCGAAGCGAAAGCCAGACUGACGCCAUUAGAUCACAAGGGGGACGCUGUCAAGGCUGAGGUCUGCGGAGCAGUCUAUGCAGCUCGUCUGAAAAAGCACUUCCAGAAACAAUGCAGCAUCCAUGUGGAGAAGUGGCACCACCUGGUCGACAGCCAGACAGUCCUUGGAGCCAUCCAACGUGAAAACUACGGCUAUCAAACAUUUUUUGCCAACAGAAUUGGGGAGAUCCAAGGCAGUACAAAUGUCCAAGACUGGUGGUGGAUCCCUGGGCCCCUCAAUAUUGCAGACAUUAUUUCAAGAGGGGCGAGCCCCAAGGAGCUGGACGAAGGCACAGAGUGGCAGCAGGGUCCUAAGUUCCUAAGUCUCCCAGAGACAGAGUGGCCAGUGAAGUCCGCCAAAGAUGUUGCUGUCAAGGCCAAAGAGAACCUCAUGCGCAUCCAGAGAAAGACGUUUGUUGCUGCCCUGACCCGAGCUGGAGAGAAGGCGGAGCCCAGGCCUGAACUAAUCUUAAGCCCCACUGAUCUGCACCGGCCUCCUGCCGGAGAUGCUGUCACAAGUCUGAUGGAUAUUCAGCGAUUCAGCAGCCUAACCAGACUGGAAAAGUCACUCGCACUGGUCUGGAGGGCAGCAAAGAAGUUUUUCGUGGCACAGGAAGAUCAAAGUGGGAGGCAGUCCCGUUCAAUGGCACAGUCACCGUGGCAGAAAGAGAGGAUGCCUUCCGAGACCUCUGUCUAG